GUAAUCAAUCGGCGGGAAGGACAAAUGACGAAAUGUGGAAUUAAGUCACUCUGCGAUCAGGAUAAACAGUGCUGGGAUUGUCCCUAUUUUAGAUGUAGAGGUUUGUAGACAGCAUCACCAUGAGAGCGCAGUGUUGUAUAUGUGCAGACCUGUUUGAAAAUGAUGACAAUGUCAACAUUGCAGCAGUUCCCUGCGGACAUACGUUUCACGAGGAGUGUGUCAUGAAGUGGGUGGAGACGUCCAACUCCUGCCCUCAGUGUCGCAAAUAUGUAAACAAGAAGCAGGUCAUUCGCAAACUCUAUUUCGAUGCCGGAGACGAACCAGAUGAGCAUGAGAAAGACCCUGAUAAACUCCAAAAUGAGUUGUUGACUUUGAGAACCAAAUUGAAACAACGAGAUCGAGAGAAAGCAGAAUUAGAAUCAUCAAAAGACUCGUUGCGAAAGAAUGUACGCGAUAUUGAGGAGAGCAAGUCUGCAAUACAGAAGUUGUUGAAACAGGAAGAAGGUACUAGUUCAUCGUUACGGAAGCAGUUGGCGUACUUUGAGUCACAACAGAAGGCACUGAAGACUGAAAGAGAGUCGUACAAACAAGCACAAGCCAAGCUGUCAGCGAUGCAGCAUGUGGAGGCGCUACUGUCAGGAUGUGAAAGUGAUGCCGAGUCCAUCUUGGUACAGUACGGAGAAGGAAAGGCAGCAUCGAGGCAGCUGGCACAUUUCUGUUCAAUCAUGAAACGAGAGUAUGAACAAGCCAAAACUGAUAAAAAACUAUUGAAAGACCAGCUUGAUAAAGUGAGACGUGAAUUGUGCACCAAAAGUCGCCUUCUGUCAGAAUUAAGCAAGGAGCUCAAAUCCUUGAGAGACCACUUCAGCCAGUCGGAGGAAGAUCUCAAACAUGCAGAGAAGGAUAAAGAAAUGAUGAAGAAAAAAAUCCAUCAUCUAAAACGAGCAAUAAAAAGCCCAGGUUGUGCUAGUUCCAGCUUUGUUGCAACACUGACUGAAGACAGCCCUGCAUUUAUCACACCUGUGAAACUGGGUCGUCCGGGGAACAAAGACGGUGUCAUUGACCUUGAGAAUACCCCUGACCCCAAACUGGCCUUGACACCUGAUUUGUUCAAGGACACACCCACAACGGAGGCCAAGAAGCAUUGUGUUGAAAAUAAUAUGAAAUUUGUGAAAAUAAGCACUGCCUCAACACAGAACCCUGCCAAACGACCUAGAAACGAAUCAAGUGAUCCUAAUCAUUUAACGGCUUUGGGGUCCUUGAACAUCUUCAAGAAGAAGCAAGGCCCAUGUUACCCCUCUGUGUCAAGGAAGGGCUAUGAUGGACUUGGUGGCCAUACAACGUUUACUCAGGGGCUAGGUGGGAAACCCAAGUUUGCUGUGAGAAAAACAAAACCGACACUGUUCAAGAGAAAGGACUGCCGGCAGCCAGAUUUACCCUCUCUUGGUGAUUUCCUGGAGUAAUUUAGGAAUGAAGAACUGUGCUCUUUGUGAUAUGUGAUUAUAAUUUUGCCAGAAGAAAGGAGUGUAUUUAUCAGUUUCAGGUGGCAAGUUCAUCAAUGACAUGUUCAUGAUGUUGAGGGGCUUUUUUUUGUCAUACCAAUACUGGUUUGUGUCAAUGUUCCCUUCAUAUUUAACAGCUCACGUUUGAUUCAGUAUAGGGGCGGUCGGGUAGCCUAGUGUUUAAAGCGUUCGCUCGUCACGCCGAAGACCCGGUUCGAAUCCCGACAUGGGUACAAUGUGUGAAGCCCAUUUCUGGUGUCCCCCGCCGUGAUGUUGCUGGAAUAUUGCUAAAAACGGCGUAAAACCAUACUCACUCACUCACUCACACAAUCAUAUCUAACAGCUCACGUUUGAUUUAUUCAUAAUCAUGAUAUCAGCAAUAUAUCACUUUAUUUAUAACAAGUAUUCGUGUGUGAUGCCCAUUUCUGGUGUACACCACCGUGAUAUUUUUGGAAUAUUCCGAAAAUGGCGUAAAACCGUACUCACUCACUCAUAACAAAUAGUAGUUGCAGGCCAAACACUGUCACAUCAAGAAUAUACUUUUGAAAAAUAGAUACUGUCUUCAUCAUGUCAAGUGGUGUGGUCGGGUAGCCUAGAGGGUAAGCGUGUGCGCGUUGCGCCAAAGACCCUGGUUCGAUUCCCGACAUGGGAACAAUGUGUGAAGCCCAUUUCUGGUGUCCUCAGCCGUGAUAUUGGUGGAAUAUUGCUAAAUGCGGCAUAAAAACCAUACUCACUCACUCAUCAUGAUAAGCACCCGUCUCCAAUUUUUGCCACCAGUGAAACAAUAAUGUACAUGAUGUAGAAGGGUAUAUAAGGGUAUUUUAGUUUUCAUCAACGUUUGAACAAACUUUUUUCUGUUGUAGAUCAAUAUUUUUUUCUUGUUCUAUUCCGCAUUGGCAAAGUCUUUUUAUUUACAGAAAAGUAGCCACGAUAUAAAGGCGUAUAUGCUUUUCGUAAGAGGUGACUAACGGGAUCGGGUGUUCAGGCUCUCUGACUUGGUUAAUGCAUGUCAUCGUAUCCCAGUUGCAUGGAUCGAUGUUCAUGAUGUCAAUCACUGGAUUGUCUGGUCCAGACUCAAUUAUUUACAGACAGCCAUCAUAUAGCUGGAAUAUAGCUGAGUGCUGCGUAAAACAUCAAACCAACCAACCAGCCAACCAACUCAAAUUAAUCUCAUGAACUAACAGUGUUUAAAAGUCAAAAUGUCCCUGCUAGAGCCCUGAUGUUAAAAGAUCAUUUGAAGACCUCCAGGGCACCAGGGCCCCCCUCAAUUUGGAACACUGAUUUAGCUGCCAUGCUGUGGUAUAAAUGAAACACCGUUUAAAAUGGAAUAAAUAAAACCCACUCACUCAAAGCAGAGUUGGACUACACUGUUAUUGUACUUGUGAUACGAGUUUGUGUUAAUGAUUAUGGGACUUCUUGUCCAGUAUACAUGAACAUAUACUUGUAGACAUUGAUCAUUUGUAGAUAUAGAGAAUCUCACCCGAGUGUCUUUUGAUAUCAAAUAUAUCAACACAAGUUGAUAAAAGUGGACAAAUUCUGAGGCUU